GUAGAAGUGAACCACAGGAGCAGUGAUGCAGGUGACACUACUUCUUGGUCUGCUGGGUAUUGUAGCUUCAGCUCAAUCUUCCUCACAGUUUAAGCUUCCCGUCGACUGUAAUGACAUCUAUACCCAUGACAACAAAAGCUCCAGUGGGGUGUACAGAAUCUAUCCCGGUGGUCCGACCACGCCGGUGCAUGUCUACUGCGACAUGCUUACAGACGGGGGCCGAUGGACCGUGUUCCUCAGGAGGAUGGAUGGGACAGAAUCCUUCUUCAGACCAUGGAACCACUAUAAGACUGGGUUUGGGAACAUAGCUGGAGAGUACUGGCUGGGAGACAGUUUGACCAACCACAACUCAAUGAAGUUCACCACCUAUGACAAAGACCAGGACGCAUGGGAAAAAAACUGUGCGCAGAGUUAUCUGGGUGGAUUCUGGUACAAUGCCUGCCACAUGGCCAAUCCCACCGGCAUGUAUGCCCCUCAUAGAUCCAUCGGAUUUGAGAACGCUCAAAUUGUUUGGCACGCGUGGAAGGGCUGGGACUACUCCCUGAAGACCRUCGCCCUGAAGAUCAGACCACUGGUCAAGUGCUCGUGCACACAGUGACCAUUUUUCAUGAACUUUAAAUGAUCAUUUUAAAUGUGAUUAAAGUUGUGAAAAUAGAAACUAGCGUUUGGGUUGGGGUUUUGCAGUGAUAAUAAAACUAUCAGACUCAAAUUACAUUUUAAUGUCACUCUCAGAGUGUGUGUUCUGAACGACUCAGCUACCACAAUACCACAAAAUCUGUAAAACUGACUGAAUAACCAUUUUCUGUGUUUUCUAAGGUCAGUUGACUCUGGCAGCCAUCUUGGAUUGGCUUCAGAAGUUAUUAGAAUUAUUUCAUUUUCUCAUUAGAUAUUUUACUAACAAACAAGCUGAUAAUGGCAAAAAACUUAAACAGACAUUGAGCAACUGCUGUACUUCAUAUUUUAAGUUAACAUCUGUCAAAUUGAGUGAGUUAUAGACCUUUUUUGUAUUUUAUUGUUGAUUAGCUGUGGCAAUGAUUUUGAAUCAGAUUAACUCACAAAAUGAAUCAGAACUAAAUGAUUCUCAAAUGAUUAUGAUCUGAUAAAUCUCUCCUCUUUUCUUUUCAAUAAAUAAAAUCUUACAGGAAC